UUCCCGGCGCGAGGCGAGGCGACGAGUUCCAUCGCAAUCUCCACCGUGUUGGAGAGACUUGAGAAUCAGAAGUUGGGAGUUCUAAUUCUGAUCCUAAACUGAAUUUCUGCUUCGUUUUCCUUCUAUUCCUCCGUCCUGAUGUUCCAUCAGCAGCAGCACCCUCCUCCUCCUCCUCCUCCUUCCUCUUCUUCUUCUUCUUCCGUGCCUUUCUAUUUCCCUCCUCAGCCUCACAUUGUGAAUGGUAAUCCUUCUUCUUUCGCUCAUUUUCCUCAGCCUGUUUUACCCCCCGGAGUCGCUUCCGAGCCGGUCCUGCACCCUCCCGGCACCGAACCUUAUUCCAAUUCCGCCAUAUUAACCUCGACCUAUGUUGGAUUGGAGGGCCAACCGCAAUUUUAUGCUGACCCAACUGUUGCUUCUCAUAAUUGGGUCGUUCCGCAGUCUGACCCCGCUGGAUUUGCACUCAUAUCUUUGCUUGAGAAUCAGAUAGCUUCCACGAGUUCUAAUUCUUUACUGGAAGGCAAUUGGGCAACUCAAUCCUUGGCACACAACGCAACUAGGACGAAACAUGUGAAAUCCAAGUUCACCCAGCCUGUGCGAUGUGAAGUUUGCAAAAUUAACUGCAACAGUAAAGAUGUUUUUGAUAAACAUGUAAUGGGGAAGAAACAUAAGAAGAAUUUGGAAGCACAAAACAGUUCCUUGACGGGAAGUACUUCUUCUGAUAGGAACAUAUAUAUGCUAAACCAAACGGGCAGUGUCAGUGGUCAAGUGGCACAGGGGGCUCCGGAUGUGCCUGCUGCUAUUAAAGGUCUAAAUACAAAGAAGCGAAAACUUACAGAUAGCAGUACGAAAGCUGAUUCUGCGAGGGUUUGUACUGUAUGCAACGUUGUUUGCAAUAGUCAAGAGGUUUUUGAUAAACAUCUGAGUGGGAAAAAGCACGCAGCUCAGGCUGUCUUAACAUCCCAAAAUCCCUAUGCUGCUGCAAUCCGGUCUCAAUAUGAUGGCAGCUCGAAGAAGAAACCGAAAAAGAAUAAGGUCAUUCAGUUUGCCUGGUGUGAGGUUUGCAAGAUCAGCUGUAACAGCAAUGAAAUCUAUGCCAAGCACCUAUCAGGAAAGAAACACUUGAAGAACAAAGAAAAAGCAGAAAAGGGAUGUAGUGAUGCAGGUGCUUCGAACGCUCUGCAAUCGGCAACAGAGCCAAUUAUCGGGCCAACGGAAAACCCAUCUACCAACAUCCCAAGUAGUGAUGAUAUACAGAAAACACAGAAGAGUUCAGCAGCUCAAACACCAGAAGAUCUAGAGACGAAGAAACGCAAGAUUGUGGAAAGUGGUACGGCUGCAGAUUCUGUUAGAACCUGCAGCAUUUGCAAUGUGGUCUGCAAUAGCCAGACGGUGUUUGAUUCUCAUCUGUCUGGCCAGAAACAUGCUUCCAUGAUGAAGAAACAAGCUGUUUCUGGAAUGUCAAUGCUAGUUCCUCCUUUAGUAACUGCAUUUCCUAACUAGUCUCGUCGGAAAAAUCCAUUCCGUUCCCGCGACCAAAUCACUGUGUAUUUGUUGUCUGAUGUUCCCAUAUGUUCUUCUCUGUGCUGUGUAUUCUUCUACUCCGAGUUGUGGAGCUAAAUCGUCGGUAGGGGGCGGAGGGAUAUCAUAGAUUUCUCAUUACAGACAGUGAUUUUGCAGUUGUAAACUAAAGCAUAGAUCAUGCUACUUGGAAAUUAUGACCAAGUCUCUAAUUCCUUAAGAAAUCAUAUUCGGUGAAACUUGAUCUAUC